AUGCACCAACUCUUUCUUUCUUUUCCAGCACAAAUUGAAGUGAUACCAUGCAAAAUUUGUGGCGACAAGUCCUCUGGAAUACACUAUGGGGUCAUCACCUGUGAAGGCUGCAAGGGAUUCUUCAGGAGGAGUCAGCAAAACAAUGCCUCAUAUUCCUGCCCAAGGCAGAGAAACUGUUUAAUUGACAGAACCAACAGAAAUCGCUGCCAACACUGCCGACUGCAGAAGUGUCUUGCCCUGGGAAUGUCUCGAGAUGCUGUAAAGUUUGGAAGAAUGUCCAAAAAGCAGAGGGACAGUCUCUAUGCUGAGGUACAGAAACAUCAGCAGCGGCUGCAGGAGCAGCGCCAGCAACAGAGCGGCGAGGCUGAAGCCUUGGCCCGAGUCUACAGCAGUAGCAUCAGCAAUGGCUUAAGCAACCUGAACAAUGAAACGGAUGGCACUUAUUCAAAUGGGCACAUUAUUGACCUGCCGAAGUCCGAGGGUUAUUACAGUGUGGAUUCUGCUCAGCCCUCCCCAGAUCAGUCUGGCUUAGACAUGACCGGAAUCAAACAGAUCAAGCAAGAACCUAUUUAUGACCUCACUUCUGUACCAAACUUGUUUACCUAUAGCUUUUGCAACAACGGACAAUUAGCUCCAGGGAUAACCAUGGCAGAAAUAGAUCGAAUUGCACAGAAUAUAAUUAAGUCCCAUUUGGAGACGUGUCAGUAUACAUUGGAGGAACUACAUCAGCUAGCCUGGCAAACCCACACAUAUGAAGAAAUCAAAAUAUACCAGAACAAGUCAAGAGAAGCAUUAUGGCAGCAGUGCGCAAUCCAGAUCACACAUGCAAUUCAGUAUGUGGUGGAAUUUGCAAAACGGAUAUCGGGCUUCAUGGAACUCUGUCAGAAUGAUCAGAUUCUACUUCUCAAAUCAGGCUGCUUGGAAGUUGUUCUAGUGAGAAUGUGUCGUGCCUUCAACCCACUCAACAACACCGUCUUGUUUGAAGGAAAAUAUGGAGGAAUGCAAAUGUUCAAGGCUUUGGGUUCUGAUGACCUUGUGAAUGAAGCAUUUGACUUUGCAAAGAACUUGUGUUCUUUGCAGCUGACUGAGGAAGAAAUUGCCUUGUUUUCAUCUGCUGUUCUGAUAUCACCAGAUCGAGCUUGGCUUUUAGAACCAAGGAAGGUCCAGAAACUUCAGGAAAAGAUUUAUUUUGCACUUCAACAUGUGAUUCAGAAGAAUCAUCUUGAUGAUGAGACUUUGGCAAAGUUAGUAGCCAAGACACCAACCAUUACUGCACUUUGCAACCUGCAUGGAGAAAAACUGCAGGUAUUUAAACAAUCUCAUCCUGAUAUAGUGAACACACUUUUUCCUCCGUUAUACAAGGAACUGUUCAAUCCAGAUUCUACCACUGGUUGCAAGUGA